CGUGCCUGGCCGCGAGGCUUUGGCGGGAUUUCUGAAAGUGGCGCGCUGCCCCGGUAACAGUUCGCAGUCGGUGCCCGGGCAAAGCCGAGGCGACCCCCGAGGCGCCGCUGCGGGGACCGAAACUCGCUCCCAUUCUCCCUACACGUCCUAACGGAGGAGCUGCGAAGAGGGUUCGAGUCCGGGGCGAGCGUGGUGUGUGCUGCUGGACGGGGCGGGCGGCCCGCGGCUGCGGGACCGAAAUGGCCAUGCAGAUGCAGCUUGAAGCAAACGCAGACACUUCCGUUGAAGAAGAAAGCUUCGGUCCACAACCUGUUUCACGGCUAGAGCAAUGUGGCAUAAAUGCCAAUGAUGUGAAGAAAUUAGAAGAAGCUGGUUACCAUACAGUGGAGGCUGUUGCUUAUGCACCAAAGAAGGAACUAAUAAAUAUUAAGGGAAUUAGUGAAGCCAAAGCUGACAAGAUUCUGACUGAGGCAGCUAAAUUAGUUCCAAUGGGUUUCACCACUGCAACUGAAUUUCACCAACGGCGGUCAGAAAUCAUACAGAUUACUACUGGCUCCAAAGAGCUUGACAAACUGCUUCAAGGUGGAAUUGAGACUGGAUCUAUCACAGAGAUGUUUGGAGAAUUCCGAACUGGGAAGACACAGAUCUGUCAUACAUUGGCUGUAACAUGCCAGCUUCCCAUUGAUCGUGGUGGAGGUGAAGGAAAGGCCAUGUACAUUGACACUGAGGGUACCUUUCGUCCAGAAAGGCUGCUAGCAGUGGCUGAGAGAUAUGGUCUCUCUGGCAGUGAUGUCCUAGAUAAUGUAGCAUAUGCUCGAGGGUUCAACACAGACCACCAGACCCAGCUCCUUUAUCAAGCGUCAGCCAUGAUGGUAGAAUCCAGAUAUGCACUACUUAUUGUGGACAGUGCUACUGCCCUCUACAGAACCGACUACUCAGGUCGAGGGGAGCUUUCAGCCAGGCAGAUGCAUUUGGCCAGAUUUCUGAGGAUGCUGCUGAGACUUGCCGAUGAGUUUGGUGUAGCAGUGGUAAUCACCAACCAGGUAGUAGCCCAGGUGGAUGGAGCAGCCAUGUUCGCUGCAGAUCCUAAAAAACCCAUUGGAGGAAACAUCAUCGCCCAUGCAUCAACAACAAGGCUAUACCUAAGGAAAGGAAGAGGGGAAACCAGAAUCUGCAAAAUCUACGACUCUCCCUGUCUUCCUGAAGCUGAAGCUAUGUUUGCCAUUAAUGCAGAUGGAGUGGGAGAUGCCAAAGACUGAAUCAUUAGGGCUUCUUUCCUGGGAUAAGGUUUUAAAUGCUGUCUAGCCUAAUGAACAGGACUGCUCCCUGGGCUUCUUCAUCCUGUUGCGACUGCCAGGACAUGGCUUCUGGGAAAACAACUAUUGUAUCAGCUUUCUGGUGUCAGAAAUAGGUCAGUAUUCAAACUGAUCUGACAUGUUUAUUUCUUCUAUAGUAUAUUAAUAACUGAUUUUGUGUGUGUGUGUGUUUGGAGUAGAGGUAUGAAAUAACAGGUAUGGGACAGAUGAGACAGUCUUGUGUCUCCAAGGGAAGUAAAGCUGGAAAGAUCUGAGACUUCUGGAACAGUGAGAACGGGUGCUUUUACACAUUCUUUUCUCUAAGUAAGAUGCAAACUUUAAAAUUCUAUACCUAAACUGUCACGUAAUUUUGAAGAUUAUUCUUUGGUUGAGCAGUCUUCUUGCAUGUGGCACGCUAGUCUAUCAGCCCUUCAGGACAUGCUUGUUAUUCAGCUACGAAGACUUCACGUAAGCCAGUUCAUUCCACAGCUGCUAAUAAAGUAGUUGUGUGCAGUGACUGUGUUAUUUACUGGAGAUAUUCUAAUGCAGACUGAAUAUUGCAAAAUGGGGUUUCUGUAACAUCUUUUGGUACUGAGUAGUUAUAAUCAGAUGCUAUAGUUUGAAGAUGUGAACACUAAAGAAAGCCCUACAUAAGUCUUGUGAUUCAGAGGCCUAACAUUGCCGAAACGAUUCUACUUUAAGAGUAUUUCCAAAACCGUGGUCUCCUUUUUGAGUUCUUAAGCCUUAUUAAUAAAAGAAUUUCAAAAACAGAUUUAGAAUGAAGCUCAAAAUCAAUUUUAUACAAGUGUGAGACAAAAGCAAUAGAAUAGGUAAGCUGAAAAUGCUGGCAGCUGUCAGGAGCUGAAGAGAUGGAGAAGUCAUCAUAUAUUUUAAGUUUGUUAUGGGGAUAACAGAAACAGGCCCAAAAUGUCAGCGAAGGCAUUGGAAGCUCCAUGGAUAUGGCUUAGCAGCUAAGAGAUGCUUGCUUUGUCAGAGGUCUGAAAAUCAAUUCCCAGCACCUCUAUCAGGUAACUCACAAACAAACAACUUCAACUUGAGCUCCAGGAAUCUAACACUUUCUGGCCUCUGGGAGCAUACACAUUUUUUUUUUUUAAAUGUGUAUAAGCAUUUUCUUGCAUGUGUGUGUGUACAGCACGUGUGCCUGCCUGCUACAUGAAGAAGUCAUCAAAUGUCCUGGGACUGGAGUUACAGAUGAUUAUGAGUCACUGUGUGGGUGCUGAGAACAUGGCCUGGGUCCUCUGAGAGAGCAAGUGCCUAUAACCACUGAGCCAUUUCUCCAGCCUCUGAGAAAUAAUGUUUAUGGAGGGGGCCUAUGUAUGCUGGGGCUUGUUUUUAACUUAGCACUCAGAGGGCAGGUGGAUUUCUUGAGUUCAGGGCAGCCUAGUCUACAAAGCAAGGAAAAGGGGUCGCUGCUCUAACUAUCCUGUAACAAAGUGGGGGGCCUUUGUGUAAACAAAGGUUUUACUGGGUGGAGGAAUAAAACAUUUGCAUAGAAAACUUACAAAGUUUUUUUCUGAAAAGUUUAUAAACAAAGAACUCAAAGUA